AAGGAUUAAGACAGCGCGUGGUAUCAACAGUAAGAAAACUUGAAAAUGUCGUCACUUCACAAUGACCCUACCGUAGAAAAAUGAAAAAACAAAGCUCAACAACCCAUCCACCACCGUAUCGUACCUUCUCCGCCAAACAUCCAACAACUUUCUAACCACCACCAAAAAGCGCUUAUUCCAACCGCGCUUUUUUCAUAAUCUCAAUGGAAUCCAAAUCUCAACCAAUUCUCCCUCCAAUGGAUCCUCCCGAAGAUCUCUCCUCCGUUUGGGACCUCUCUUACCUCCUCGACUUCGAUGACGAUAUUCCACAACUCCCGCCUCUUCCUAACCCUAAUCCUACUCCAGAAGAAAACGAGAGGAUCCGAAAGCGUGACCCGAGGUUAACUUGCUCCAACUUUCUCGCGGGUCAAGUACCAUGUGCAUGCCCUGAACUCGAUGCUUUGUUAGAGGAUAACGGUUUACCAGGAAAGAAACGAGCUCGAACUGCACGCGCGGCUGCAUCGGCGCGUUGUCAAGUUCCUGGUUGUGAAGUUGAUAUCUCUGAGCUUAAAGGCUAUCAUCGACGGCAUAGGGUUUGUUUGCGGUGUGCUAAUGCUGCUACUGUUGUUCUUGAUGGUGAUGUGAAGAGAUACUGCCAACAGUGUGGGAAGUUUCAUGUUUUAUCGGAUUUCGAUGAAGGGAAACGGAGUUGUAGAAGGAAAUUGGAGCGGCAUAAUACUCGGAGGAGGAGAAAGGCCGUAGAUUCUGCAGUAGGAGUUGAUAAUGAAGUUCAAACUGUUACUCAAAAUGAUGAUUCCAAUUGUGAUGGAGAACUAGGAAUAGAUUAUUCGAAUUUGAGUAGGGAGAAUAUCGAAAAAAGAGCGUUGCAGGAUCAUGAAGAAGAACCGGUUGUUAAUGGUUCGUCAACACCAGAGACACAGAAUAUUAAUGGUGACAGUGUCGUUUCCUUUGUUGCUUCUGCUGAAACACAAGCGAAUAUUGGAAAAGAUGUUUCCGAUCCUUCUAAGUCGCCUUCAUAUUGUGACAAUAAGAGUGAUUAUUCGUCUAUGUGCCAAACAGGUCGGGUUUCUUUUAAGCUUUACGACUGGAAUCCUGCGGAAUUUCCGAGAAGGCUGCGGCUCCAAAUAUUUCAAUGGUUGGCAAGUAUGCCUGUAGAGCUGGAGGGAUAUAUCCGCCCUGGGUGUACUAUCCUGACAAUUUUUAUUGCAAUGCCAAAUAUUAUGUGGAUAAAUUUACUCAAAGACCCUAUGUAUUAUGUGCGUGAUCUUGCUGCUCCCAGAAAUAUGCUAUCUGGAAGAGGAACCGCUCUAAUUCAUCUGAAUGAUAUGAUCUUCCGUGUAAUGAAAGAUGGAAUUUCUGUGACAAAAGUCGAGGUAAACAUGCAGGCACCUAGGCUUCACUAUAUUCAUCCCACAUGCUUUGAAGCAGGAAAACCCAUGGAAUUUUUUGCCUGUGGAAGUAACUUGCUGCAGCCUAAAUUUCGGCUUCUUGUAUCAUUUUAUGGAAAGUAUCUGAAGUGUGAGUAUUGCGCUCCGUCUCCACAUAACUCGGCUGAAGACAAUAUUUCUUGUGCUUUUGAUAAUCAGUUAUAUAAGAUAUGUGUCCCUCAUAUUGAGGAAAAUCUCCUGGGGCCUGCAUUUAUUGAGGUUGAGAAUGAGUCUGGUUUAUCAAACUUUAUUCCUGUACUUAUUGGGGAUAAAGAAAUUUGCACUGAAUUGAAGAUAUUGCAACAAAAACUAGACGCUUCUCUCCUUUCUAAACAAUUUCGGUCUGCAUCUGGUAGUUCUAUUUGUAGCUCAUGUGAAGCUUUUGUACAUAUUCACACAUCAUCAUCAGACUUGCUUGUAGAUAUAGCAUGGUUACUUAAAGACCCUACUUCAGAAAAUUUUGACAGAAUGGUAUCUGCUUCACAGAUUCAAAGAUAUUGCUAUUUGUUGGAUUUUCUAAUAUGCAAUGAUUCAACUAUCAUCUUGGGAAAAAUAUUGCCAAAUUUGAUAAGCAUAACGAAAAGCAUGAAAUCCAAUAUAAGUGAUGUUGACAUGGACCAACUGCUGAAGGGCAUGUGUAAUGCUAGAGAUGCUAUUUGUCGGAAAGGUGGAGGUAUAGUUUUGAACUCCAAAAUGGAAGGCUUCAAACCUGCUCAGUGCAGUUCCCAAAAUGCCAAGCUAUCAGUUGUUGAAGUUAACAGUCAGGGUAUCCAGUUUAGAGCAGAUGCAGAGUUGGGAGUUCUGAGCAGUCUCGCUUCUGAUGAAAAAAAUCAGAAGAUACCGCUUUUGAAAAGGGAUAUUAUAAUGAAUAUGGAAGAGUUGCCUAAAAGAUGUGACCAUCAAAAUCUUACCCGGGGAUUCUUGAGAUCUCGACCAACUACUUUUGUGCUUGUAUCACUUGUUGUUUGUCUUGCAGUAUGUGUAUCCGUCUUUCAUCAUGGGAGGGUUAACGAGUUGGCAGUAUCCAUUAGAAGGUGUUUGUUCAACCAUUGACAAAUUUUUCAAUUUUUUUGUUUGGUACAUAUUUGUUGUAACAUUAAAUAAAUAGAUGUCAUUAGGACAGUAGAUGUCAUUAGGACAACCAUGUUUAUUUGUGGAUUUUCAAUUUAGAUUUCCGGGAAAAAGCAACAGGUGCUAAUUAUGAACCCAAUUUUUUGGGUUGAAGGUAUAAUUAGCAUGCUACAAGGUUAUUACAACAUAAUAAUACAUUUUGUUCAUUUUCGGCUUUCGCGGUUUUAAACUUAGCUAUGUAAUUAUGCUAA